AUGCAGGAGACAGUGACAUUCAAAGAUGUGGCUAUUGACUUCACCCAGGAGGAGUGGCAGCAGUUGGAUCCUGAUCAGAGAAACCUGUACUGGAAUGUGAUGCUAGAAAACUAUAAUAACUUAAUCACACUGGGAUACCCAUUCAGCAAACCAGAUGUGAUUUUCAAGUUGGAGCAAGAGGAACCACCAUGGGUGGUAGAGGAAGAAGUGUUAAGGAGCUGCUGGUGUUCAGAGAAGCCUAAUGAAUGUGGAAAAUCAUUCAGCCAGAAGCAAAGCCUCUUUGCACACCAGAAAAUACAUACAGGAGAGAAACCUUAUGCUUGUAAUGAAUGUGGAAAAUCCUUUUCUCAAUUUUCAAUGCUUAUUAUACAUGUAAGAAUUCAUACAGGUGAGAAACCCUAUGAAUGUAAUGAGUGUGGGAAAGCCUUUUCUCAAAGUUCAUCCCUUACUGUGCAUAUGAGAAGUCACACUGGUGAGAAACCCUAUGAAUGUAAGGAAUGUAGAAAAGCCUUCAGCCACAAGAAAAACUUUAUUACACACCAGAAAAUUCAUACCAGAGAGAAACCUUAUGAAUGUAAUGAAUGUGGGAAAGCCUUCAUUCAAAUGUCAAAUCUCGUUAGACACCAGAGAAUCCAUACUGGAGAAAAACCCUAUAUAUGUAAAGAAUGUAGCAAAGCCUUUAGCCAGAAAUCAAAUCUAAUUGCUCAUGAGAAAAUCCACUCUGGAGAAAAACCCUAUGGAUGCAAUGAAUGUGGAAAAGCUUUUAGCCAAAAGCAAAACUUCAUCACACAUCAGAAAGUUCACACUGGAGAGAAACCUUAUGAUUGUAAUAAAUGUGGUAAAGCCUUUUCUCAGAUUGCAUCCCUUACUCUUCAUCUGAGAAGUCACACAGGGGAGAAGCCCUAUGAAUGUGAUAAAUGUGGGAAAGCCUUCUCUCAGUGUUCCCUGCUUAAUUUACAUAUGAGAAGUCAUACAGGUGAGAAGCCUUAUCAUUGUAACAAGUGUGGCAAAGCUUUUAGCCAAAAGUCACACCUUGUUAGGCAUCAGAAAAUUCAUACUCAUUAG